AUGACCCCAAGUUACCCAUCCUCGCACCCGCACUCCGCGCCGCACCCGCAGCCGCUGCAGUACCAGCACAUGUUCCCCCACCAGGUGCGGAUGUACCACGGCGGCGGCGUGGGCGGGGUCGGCUCUGGCGUGGGCGGCGGCGAAGUGGGCGUGGCCGGCGUGGGCUACGCCCCGCCCCCGGCGCCGUCGCCGGCCGCGGCCGCGUCUCCCGCGCUGUAUCCGCCGCCGUCGCCGGCGCACACGCCGCAUCCGCAGCACGCGCACCAUCCGCACCAUGCGCCGCACCAUCCGCACCAUCAUUACCAGCAGCCGCCUUUCCAGGUGCUGUGUCCGCUGAUGGGCCCGGGCGCUGCCGGCUCGCACCACCACCACCACCACCACGUGGCCUACCUCAACCACGCGCCGCCCACCGCCAGCCCGCCGCACCACCCGCACCCGCUGCAGGUACUGUACUGUGAGCCUUGUGGCGCUCGGGAUAAGGUCCAGGCUCCACCACCACCACCACCACGUGGCCUACCUCAACCACGCGCCGCCCACCGCCAGCCCGCCGCACCACCCGCACCCGCUGCAGGUACUGUGAGCCUUGUGGCGCUCGGGAUAAGGUCCAGGCUCCACCACCACCACCACCACGUGGCCUACCUCAACCACGCGCCGCCCACCGCCAGCCCGCCGCACCACCCGCACCCGCUGCAGGUAUUGUGA